AUGCCGAGACUUACCCGUAAAGCAGAUCAAAGCCAGAGUUAUAGUCGCCGCCGUAACAGGUUGCAAAAGACUUACGAUAGUUUAUCACAGCAAACACAAUUAAAUCAACAACCGUACUUUUCAAAUAAUAUUUUGACUUAUACACAUACCGAAAAGCAUCAUCAGACCCUACCUCAAAAAGAUACUGAAUUUAGUAGACAUGCCAUUAUCGAAGACAAUUUUUAUGACAGAUCCGGCAACCAUUUCGAUGCAACUGCCGCCUAUGAUGAUCUUGUGGCGAUUUUACAACAUCCUGAGUUUAAUUCUGAUGAUAUUGUGAGUAAUGUACGAAGAUUACGACAAUGGAGGACCCAGUUACCCUUGCAGAAGAUAUAUGGUCACGAUAUUGCAAUAAAGCCAAAGGAUACUCCAUCAACUAGCGUGCCAACCAAACAGGCAUAUACAUUAUCAGUGAAAGACAUAAUUCAAAAAUGUCUUGACAAUCCUAAAAUAUAUUCGAAACUGUACUUUGGUAGUGGUGUUGAGAAAAGCAAAAAGAGUGAAUUUUGGCAUGGGGAGAUCUGGAAGGAGUCACCAUUUUUUGGUAAACAUAUGUUGAAAAUUAAUAGAACCAUUUACUAUAGUGGGGAGUGUAUCUAUUAUCGAAAAGAAGGUGACAGAAACCUUGCACGAAUUCGAGCAAUUGUCAAAAAUGAGAACAAUGAAUAUUGUCUCAAAGUGGACAGGCUUUUGGCAUAUGAAAGACUCCAUAGGCGAUUUCACAGUACAGUGCGAGAAUAUAACCAAGAUACCUCACGAUGGCUUUUAGAAGGAUUUUCGGAUAUUGUGCAGCAACACGAAGUAUUGGCAACUGUGCCUGUUUGGUUUAAAGACAGCACACAACCUAUCGAAUACGAAUAUGAAGUUGGAGAAAUUAUUUAUAAAAUUCACAACUCAUGGAAAAUUCGACCACUUUCUCAAAGACACCAAUUACCUGCUGAAUAUGUACCCUCAAUUGUAGCACCGCCGGGGUUCCCAGUUCUAAAAUUUUUUAUAGACUUGUAUGCUGAUGAAUUUGGUGCUUAUCGCAAUCACUUCUACAAGCUCAACGGCGUAUAUUUACAGCUUGGAAAUAUGCCGUUUAACAUGCGAAAACAAAUUCGAAAUCACUUCUUAAUCGGUUUUGUACCCUUUGGUGGGCAUCUUAAGGACUUUUUGGAACCAUUCUGUCAUGAUGUAAGAGCUCUCCAACAUGGUGUUUUUAUGUCAACAAAGCAUGGACAAUUUUGGGUUGUUGCAGCAAUAGGCUGUGUCACUGCCGAUUUGCCACAGGGAAAUGAUUUUGCAAGGGUGAAGAGACAUGGAGCAAAUCAUGGGUGCCGUACUUGUAUGGCGGAUCAGAUGCACCUUACUGAUUCUAAGUAUGACCACAUUGUCAAUGCGCGAUUCAACCAGGAAACUAAAAAAAAGAUUGAACAGCUGGAGAAUCUGUCUACAUCACUAGCACGAGAACGAUGGUCCACAGAGCAUGGCCUUAUGCUAAAAUCGGGACCCUUAGAUACGUUGAUAUGGGAUCGUCACAAACAAACACCCCAAGACGCAUACCAUUCUAUGGCUGGAAAGACAAUAAAGCUUCUGGAUCUAACCAUGAAUUUAUUCAGCAAUGGCGGACAAGAACAGUGGCUAUAUUAUUGGAAGCACAUAGAAAAACCCACAAGAUGGUCAGCAUUACCAAAUCCUUUAACUCAUCUACAUAGUUUCACGUUCAGCGAUGUGUUAAACAUUGCAAUGCUGGUACCGUUUAUAUUACGACGUUUUCUAGCACCUCCCCAUUUAAAAAGCCAUAUUCGUUGUGAAUUUAAAAAGCGAUUGGGCUUGCAACGAGAUAGUCAAGUAAUCAACAAUAUAAUUAACUGUUGGGUAGUUGUUGCAAAAUCAUUGAAAAUGGUGUUCUCUCGCUCUUUCACUGAGCUUGACUAUAAUGCUUUACAAUUAACUCUGAAUGAAGAACGAGAUAUCUUGAUGUUUCCUGAUACGUUUAAGAAUCUUCCAAACGUUCAUGUCAACCUACAUCUUCCUCAACAUGCUCAUAAUUUCGCAACACUUCGUAAUACGGCUGUGGUUGAUGGAGGUGAAGAUUCACGAUUUCCAGGACGACGUAGUCACAUCACUGAAAUUGUAUUAGACAAUUGCAUUUCUCAGUUGCUGUCAGGAUGGUAUGCAAUGGAUAUUGAUUCCAUUAAUAACGACAUUGCCGGCAAAGAAAAUGGUAAAACGAUCUCACAUCUGCCCUGCUUUGCUAAUAUUGUGCUACGACAAAAGUGGGAUAAAUCCCAAAUCAGAAAUGCAGGUUUCUCAAAUAAGCUAGAAGUUGGGAAUCCGAUUUACCAUGACCUUGUGCAGUCGUACUCUGUGGAUCUGCUUAUGGAUGCAGCGCUGGUCAACAAAAAGAUAGAAUUUUAUAAUUAUAUUGCUUAUAAGGUAGUCGAAGAUGACAAUACUAGCAAAGUGGUAAAACUACAUGUUGGUGAUAUUGUCAGCAUGAAUGAAGAGAUUGAACAGGUGGCAUUUGCAAGAAUUAAGGCAAUCCUCCGACAUCAAGCAAACAACACCGAAUACUAUGCAUUUUUGGCAUUCGAUUGGUUUGAGGCAAUUGCUGGAGAAGACAAUGUUGACAAGGUAUGCAUAGAAGGAGAAGGGGCGAAGGAAGGGGAAAUAGAACUAAGAGGGAGAAGUGAUCAAUUCACUACUGGAGGGAUUUCUGAGGCGGGAGUGUUGGAGAUGAGUAAUCCAAAAGAGUUGUAG